CAACUCAUUAACAGAGAGGCUUUUAUGGCUUAGGAGGAGAAGAUCUCAAGCCUUCAUAUUUGCCCUUGGAAGGAAACAGAUGUGACUACGAAAAGAUCUUUUGAAGUGUAUGGAGAUGCAAAAUAAUUAGAAUUCCUCUUCUAAGAAAAGUUGCAUAUCUGCCUUAAGAAAUGAGUCUACUCCAGAGGAAUUUCAGCCAGUCACCUUCUUCGAACGUUGGAAUGGAAUAUAAUGCAACUGAGUUACAAAAUCAUCCGUAUAUCAUAGGAACAUUUAUAGAAGCCACCAUAUUUCAUCUGAUCAGCCUUUCUGGACUUGUAGGGAAUGGAAUCGUCAUUUACCUUCUUGGCUUUCACAUUAAAAGAAAUGUUUUCACCAUCUACAUACUGAACCUCUCCAUUGCUGACUUUGGAUACCUCACAGCGGUAGCUAUUUGGAAUAUAUUUUUGAUUUUAAAUUUGCUUGGUGGGAUCUCCUUUAUGCAUUACAUAUCUUUACUGCAUAGUUGUAUCUUUCUGUUCACAUUCCUGACCAGCCAGUUCCUACUGAUAGUCAUCAGCAUUGACAGGUCUGUUUGCUUCUUCUUCCCACUUUGGUAUCAAUUCCACCAUCCACCACGUCUGUCCACUGCUGUGUGCACCGUCAUAUGGAUCCUCACCUUCUUAAUCUCUGUUACGAAUAUCAUUCUCAGUGACACUAUUGAGUAUUUUUGGAUACUGGGCCUCCAGAAUUACUUGAAUACUAUGAUUUUUAUGCCCAUCAUGUGUGUGUCCACUAUAGCCAUGUUAAUUAAUAUCUGCUUAAGAUCGCAACAAAAGAAAUGUGGAAAACUGUUAAGAGCAAUUUUGCUUGUACUUGCCUUCUUCUUCUUCUUUAUUUAUCCAAUUAAUAUGAUUUACUUUAUUAAUAUAUUUCAAAACAUUGAUUAUUAUGUCUUUUUAUAUACCAAUAUUUCUGCCUCUCUAAAAAGCGCCAUUAACCCCAUGAUCUAUUAUUUGGUGGGAAGAGAUAAAAUGGGGAGAUCCAGUAAGAGAAUAGAUAAAGUACUUGAGGAACUUUUCAAGGAGGAGGAAGUCUAUAGAAAAAAACAGGAAACCACAGAAGAGCAUCAGUUAUAAGGUUAUUUUGAC